AUAACUUGAUGAUAAUAUGUAUUAUACUCAGGGUUGGAGCACCACGAUGUUUAAACGAUUGAGAAAUUUAGUUUGCAAAAUGUUUUAAACUUCUCAAUAUUUGGACACAAUAUUUAGGAUUGUAUCCUAAUAAUUAAGUUAAAAGAAUCGGUAUUUGUCUUGCAGAUGUUGAAGACAUGCAAAAGAUUGGCAUGUUUUCCAUUUCAUGGCGGCAUAUUGAAUACUUUGCGAUUAAAAUUAUUCUGUUAAAAUAUAUGAAGCAAAGAUCAUCAGUAUUUAUUCCUAAGAUAAAGUUAAAAGAUUUACCAGUAAUAACAAAAUUACGUCAGAGUGAAAAUAGAAAAUGUUCACCCACUACAAUUUAAAAAAAAAUAUGCAAAAUUUCCAGAAUUUUACAUAGAGAGCGCUAUAUACAAAAUUUUAUCAGAGCCGAAUUUUAUGAAUUGUCUCCAUGAUUGUCUCACACACGGACGGACGGCGAACGAUCUUUGCUCGCAUUUCGCCAGACAUCAACAAGAUCGGCAGGACAAUUUACAAACUGUGCAAUGAUUUCUUAAGACAAUAAUGAAACCUUUGCAAGACUGCAGUUUUAAAUUGCGCGGACAACUUGCAAGCAGUUUGUGGAUAGAUCAGCAUAUGAGUUGGUUCAGCAGCUUACUAUACAAUGGCAGAGUGCUCAGAAUGCAUGAGCACUGACUGUGGACUAAAGCUUAGAUGUGUGCACUCGCUCUGUCUGCAAUGUCUUCAAAACAUGUAUAACGAUAAUCAAACGAUCAAGUGCACAAUAUGUGAUAAAGGUGCUAAAAAACAACGCAUUUCUAGUGAACAUUCAGUUCUUGAUGCAAGUAAUGUUGCCGACCAUGUAUUAAUUCAAGAGAAGUUUGUCAUUAAGUUAACGACUAAAAAUCACAACAGUAAGGCCGAGCAUGACAAAUGUUUGAAGGUAGAAUGCAAGCUGAUUUCAGUAUCAGGAAAUGAGAAAGAAAUGAGCAUGGAAAACCAUCGUGAUGGGACUUAUGAUUUUUCUGGAUGCUGUGAUGUAGGUGGUGUAUGGGAGCUGCGUUGUUAUGUUAAUGAUUUGCAAAUCAGGCAGUCACCUUUGAAAGUAAAUGUAGUCAAGGGGGGAUUGCAAGAACAUCCCAAUAUAUUCAAAGACAAAGAGGAUGCCAGUUUAUAUAUGUUUGAUAUUGUAGAUGACACAGUUUAUGCUUGUGGAGGGAUUAAUGAAAUUGCAAAGUUGACGCUGAAGGGGGAACUCAUAGGUACCAUAUAUGGUCAUAAAUCGUGCCAGUUCACAAGCUUAUGCUGUGUGAAUGUUGAGGGCGAUUUGUCGAUUGUGUGCUACGAUGAAUACAUGAAAAGACUUUUGAUUUACAUGAAAGAGAGCUGGCAUGAAUGGAAAGGCAUUAAGAUUGAGUCUGUCUUUGGCAAGAUGAUAGCGCAUAACCAUAAGAUCUAUGUUCCUGAUUUUGGAAAACAUCGUGUGUUGUGUUUUUCCAUGAAAGGAGAAUUGGUAAACAAAAUUGAAGGUAGAAAUUAUAAGAAUGUGAAAUUAUCAAAGCCAUAUGGUGUAGCUAUGACAAAGCAGGGGAAUAUGUUAGUCCUUUCUUACGGAGAUGACCAGGUGGUAAAGAUUGUCAAGGAUGGCAAGGCUGAAGUUUUGAUAGAAAACACGGAUUAUGAAAAAUUAUUGUUUUAUGCUUAUGCUAUUGACAUUGAUGAACAAGGUCAAAUCAUUAUUGGUUGUUGCAGAAAACUACUACUGUUUAAUCAAGAUGGGAAAUUUAUUAAAAACAUCGACAUAGAGAAAAAUGUCCCAGAUUGUCCUUACAGUAUUUGUUGCAGAAAUAGAUGUAUUUGGGUUUCAGAUAAAAGUGAUUCUUCGCUUCGGCUUUACUAUUAUUGAAACAGGUUAUAGAGAUACAGUAUAUACUGUACAGUAUGUCAAUAAAAUUUGACACCUUUAAACAUUCAGAUAAAUACCAAGUUGAUCAUUUAGAAGGAUGUUCUUCUGACGAGACUAAAUGAAAACAAUUUAUUUUUCACUGAAUUACAAUACAAUUAAGAAUGCAUCUUCAUUCAACAUAACAUCCUUUUAAUAUUAUUGGAUGCACCCUUCUUAAAAAUAUUAUAAGAUUCUGCAUGUGGCCUCAUCUUUGGAAUUGGUAUUACAGCUCCCAGCCACCAAGUUCUUAUGUGAAUGAAUGAACAGUAUCAUUCACAGAUAUAGGCCUAGAUGUGUAAAUUGAAUUAAAAUGAAAUAAAAUACAAAUGCAAAUUUUAGCCUGACAGUGAGUGUUUUCAAGAACGAAUUGAUUCAUUUUAUUAAGUUCUUGAAUGAUGUGGUACUAAUCACUGAAUUUUAUAUUAUUUGAAUGUGCAAAAUAAAAUUAUAAAUGAUAAACAUAACCAUGUAGCAUUUUGUAGACCGAAUUGAUUCACUUGUUAAGUAAUGAAUUGCUAAUUAUAAUACUGGAAUUUAAAAAAAGAUACAAAUAAUGCAAUAGUGAAAAUUCAAUGUAAAGAAAUAUAUUCGGCAGUAAUUUAUUUUUAUCAUGGUGCUUUAAGGAUUUAAUUUUUUUCUUUAUCUGUUUCUCCAUUUAAUUGAUAGGCCUAUAUUUAGUUUGUUCAAAUUAUAUUUGUUACUGUACAUAUAUUACUAAUUAAGACUGUAUUGAUAGGAUUUUGAACUAGAAUAUAUAAUAAUGCCAACAAAUUUAUAGCGCCCAAUUCCAAAUGAAUGAUCAAAGACACUGCAUGUUAUUACCCCUGGCCACUGGCUAAUAUACAAUGGCAAACAAGCACAAAGUGCAACCUUCUCUGCUCUUUGGGGAGUAUACCUAGUACCAAUGGCGGAUCCAGAAUUUUUCAAAUGAAAGUGGGGGGGGGGGGGCGCAACAUAUUUAGAAUAGAUAAGCAAGUUGCGCUAAUUUCAAUAUCCAGUGGCAAGAUGGAGGCCCCCUACUGGAUCCGCAACUGAGUACUCAGCGCAUGCAACUAGUACAAGCAAUGCCACAACAUCCUACCAGGUACCCUUUAUACUUCUGGGGAUUGAGAGAGACAAACGUAAAUUGACUUGCCCAAGGACACAAGGGACUUAAACAGCGAGAGGUCCGAACACCUGACCCACUUAUAUCAAUCCUAGCCAGCUGAAAUAAUUUUUUUAACCUUUCUUUUGUCAUUUGGUUGUUAUUGUAAAUGUGUAAUAGUUUGGCUGAAUAAAGAAUGAAUGACGGAAUGAGCAUACCUACAUACAUGUACAAACCUAUA